GGAGGUGAAAUGGCGCAGAGAGGAAAUCAGCUGAAUUCAGAGAAACUUUCUUGUUCCAUCUGUCUGGAUCUAUUGAAGGAUCCAGUGACUAUUUCCUGUGGACACAGCUACUGCAUGGACUGCAUUAAUACACACUGGGAUGGAGAGGACAGGAAGAGAAUCUACAGCUGCCCUCAGUGCAGGAAGAUUUUCACGCCGAGGCCUGAACUGGAGAAAAACUUUAUGUUGGCAGAAUUAGUGGAGGAGCAGAAGAAGACUGGAGUCCAAGCUGCUGCUGCUGAUCUCUGCAAUGCUGGACCUGAAGAUGUGGCCUGUGAUGUCUGUACUGGGAGGAAGAUGAAGGCUGUCAAGUCCUGUUUGCGCUGCAUGAUCUCCUACUGUGAGCAACACCUCCAACCUCACUAUGAUUCACCUCCAUUAAAGAAACACCAGCUGGUGGAGCCCUCCAAGAACCUCCAGGAGAACAUCUGCUCUCGUCAUGAUGAGGUGAUGAAGCUGUUCUGUCGCACUGACCAACAGUUGGUGUGUUAUUUCUGCACAAUGGAUGAACAUAAAGGACAUGAAACAGUCCCAGCAGCAGCAGAAAGAACAGAGAAGCAGAAGGAGCUGGAGGUGAGUCGACUGAACAUCCAGCAGAGGAUCCAGGACAAAGAGAAAGACGUGGAGCUGCUUCAACAGGAGGUGAAGGCCAUCAAUGUCUCUGCUGAUAAAACAGUGGAGGACAGUGAGGAGAUGUUCACCCAGAUGAUCCAUCUCAUUAAGAAAAGAAGCUUUGAUGUGAAGCAGCAGAUCAGAUCCCAGGAGGAGACUGAAGAGAGUCGAGUCAAAGAGCUAAAGGAGAAGCUGGAGCAGGAGAUCAGGGAUCUGAAGAAGAAAGACGCUGAGCUGAAGCAGCUGUCAGAUACACCAGAUCACACCCAGUUUCUCCACAACUACCCCUCAGUGUCAACAUUCAGUGCGUCCACAAACUCAUCCAGCAUCAACAUCCAUCCUCUGAAGCACUUUGAGGACGUGACAGCAGCUGUGAAAGAGCUCAGAGAUCUACUGCAGGACAUUCUGAGGGACACCUGGACGAACAUCUCAAUGACAGUCACUGAAGAGGAUGCUUUACUAUCAGGACCAGAACCAACGACCAGAGAGGAAUUCCUGCAAUAUUCACGAGAAAUCACUCUGGAUCCAAACACAGCAAACAAAUAUCUGUUGCUAUCUGAGGGGAACAGAAAAGUGACAUUAAUGAAUCAACAGCAAUCCUAUUCUGAUCAUCCAGAAAGAUUUAAUACAUAUUUUCAGGUCCUGAGUAAAGAGAGUCUGACUGGACGUUGUUACUGGGAGGUGGAGUGGAGAGGAGGAGGAGGAGUUAAGGUAGCAGCCGCAUACAAGAAUGUCCCUGAACAAGGGACAUCAAAUAAUUAUGUAUUUGGAUUCAAUGACAAAUCUUGGGCUUUACGUUGUUACACAGACAGAUAUACGUUUUUGUACAACAAAGUCCAAACUCUCCUCUCAGGUCCUCGGUCCUCCAGAAUCGGCAUCUAUCUGGAUCACAGUGCAGGUAUUCUGUCUUUCUACAGCGUCUCUAGAACCAUGACUCUCCUCCACAGAGUCCAGACCACAUUCACUGAGCCUCUACAUGCUGGACUUCUGCUUUGUAAUGCUGGAGUCACUGCUGAGUUCAUUGAACUCAAAUAG